AUGAUUCAUUCCCUCCCUGGACGGAGGGAGGCGGGGGACGCCCUUCGGACUCCCGCGGGGCGGGGCCCUUAUCGCCCCAGCCGCGCCCUCGCCCCGCCCUCCUCCGGGAGCCGCCGGCGCCUGCGCGGCCUGCCCGUGGCGCCUGCGCGGGGUCGGGUGCGGGUGGGAGCGCGGCCGGGGCCCGGAGCGGGGAUGGCGCUCUGGCGGCCGCUGUGGCCGCUCUGGCUGCAGGGCUUGGCGCUCGUGUGCGGCCAGCUCAGCACCACGGCUCCGCCAGCACCGGCGCGGGCCUGCUCAGACCUCUCCCGGAGUUCCUGUGAUGAAUGUCUGCAGAACGUUUCGUGCCUGUGGUGUGACACCAACAAGACAUGUGUGGAUUACCCUGUGAGGCAUGUCCUGCCCCCAGCCUCGCUCUGCUCACUCCCCAAGGCUCGGUGGGGAGUCUGCUGGUUGAAUGUUGAGGCUUUGAUCAUUGCCAUAGCUGUAGUAGCUGGGCUGCUUCUGGUGUCCACAGCAGCCUUCUGCUGUUACUGCUGCUACUGCAGGAGAUGUGCCAAGAGCAGCCCAGAGGAUGAUGAGGAGCGGCUCGUUCAGAAGAGAGAGGAGCGCAGGCUGCAGGCUCUUCAGAGGAAGCACGAGAGGAAGGUGAAGCACGAUGAGAUACGGAAGAAGUACGGUCUGCUGCAGGACUCUGACAACCCCUACAGCAGAUUUGAGAACGAGUAGAGCUGAGCACCUUCUGCCAGAGCUGUCCCUUCAGAAGGCAGCAGGAUGGUUUGUGUCCUCGUGCCCCUUGGGCUCUUUUCUCCACAAAGCUGUGGGGCUUUCCCUGAAUUGUAAGACCAGGAGUGGAAAAAGCCUCCAUGCAAUCCAUAUUUCCAUCUUAUUCUACCUAUCUACAGCUAGGUUUUGUAUCAGUGCUUUGCUUGUUGACACCUUUGCUGAUUUUCACGGUGACAGUGAAGUGUGGAAUACUCUUUCCUCCUCUAAAAACUAUUUUAUUACUUAAUGUAGAGGUUAAUGCUCAAAAACAUGUUGGAAUUCAGUCUUAACUGCUGCUGAAGUGGUUCCCACCUUCCUCACUAGGGAAAACAAUGUUCUUUCCUCCUGCAAUUUUUCCCUGUAACAAUUAGAGUCGAGAGGGCAGCACAGCAGCAAUAGCUCAUGUUGGCAUGGAUGAGAAAAUUCAGCAGCCACCCUCUCAGCUGACAAUGGACUGGAGAUUUAUCCCUCUCUCAGAGCAGAGAACUUGAGUCUUGAGGACUGACAGAGAGGUCUUUGACUAAUCUGAACUGUGAACAGUUGGAUGCAUCACUGAUGGAAAAAGUGACUGAUUUCAGUUAACACUGGGAGAAAGUCAUUCUUGAACUGAGCAGAAUCCUGUGUGCCUCACCUUCAGAAGGAGCAAGAGGGCCUGGCAACACUUCCUGCUCCAAGCUUUGUCUAGAAUCAGCCAAAAAACUGCUGAGAUUCUGCACGUUGCCAGGGCUGACCCUGGCCAGCAGCUCAGCACCACCCAGAGCUGAUCCUCCACCUCCAGUGGGUCACGGGAGGGAAGGGGAACAGCAGAAGUGAGAAGAUUCUUGGGCUGAGACCCUCACCCCCCGGGAGCAGACCUCUGCCCACCCUGCCUGAUGAAUGGACUGGAAUAUUAGGUCACUUGGGUCACUGCCAGCUGUCCCAACUCCGUCACCUCCCAGCUUCUCGCCCUGCUCCUGGCCUAGGGGAACAGCUCUCUGCUGUGCAAGCAUUCCUCAGCACAAGCCUAAAGCACUGAGCACUGCUGCAGCCCCAACCCAAAGCACAGCACCACGCAGGCUGCUCUGAAGAGAAGUGCCUGUACCCUAGCCUGUCCAGGGCAGGGCAGAAGCAGUGUUUGUAUGGCCUGGGGCUGCUCUGCCAAGCUCCCCAGAACAUGCCUGGGUUCCUGUCUCUUCACAGAGCUGUUCUAUGGAGCUUCCCAGGAUGAGGCAGUGAGCAGAGAGCUCCCCUUCCCCACUGCCCCAGUCUAGUGCAACUUCCCCUUUCACACAAUCCCAGCAUGGUGGGGUUGGAGAGGAGCUCUGGAGAUCAUCCAGUCCACCCCCCUUCCUAAAGCAGGGCACCCACAGCAGCUUGCCCAGGAUCACAAUGCUCGGGGGCUUUGGAAGCUCUCCAGAGAAGGAGAUUCCACAAGCUCUCUGGGCAGUCUGCUCCAGGGCUCCAGCACCCUCCCACCAAAUUUCAGAUGGAGCCUCCUGGGUUCUAGUCUGUGCCCAUUGCCCCUUGUCCUGUCACUGGGCACCACUGACAAGAGCCCAGCCCCAUCCUCCUGCCCCCCACCCUUUAGCUCUUGCUGAGCAUUGAUCAGAUCCCCUCCCGGGCUGCUCUUCUCCAGGCUCAACAGCCUCAGGGCUCAGCACUUGCUCUUCACAGAUAUGCUUCAGGCCCCUUGGCAUACUGCUGGCCCUCCUUUAGACUCUCCAUUGAUUCCCAGUCCUUGAACAGGGGAGCCCAGAACUGGACUCAAGACUCCAGGUGUGGGCUCAGCAGGUCAGGCUAGUGGGGGAGAAGAACCUCCCCCAGCCUGCUGGCCUCACUCUUCUUUGAUACACCCCAGGAGAACAUUGGCCUUGGCCAUGAGGGUGCAGUGCUGGCUGAUGGUGAACUUGUGUUUCUCUGCCUCUGCAGAGCUGCAAUAGGCUCCUGUGUUGUCAGCCAUGAAAUGUGCAGUGUUGAAGAUGUACUUCUGACCAGCAUUCCCACAAUAAACUCCUGUAACCAUGGCUUUGCUUCUGCUCUCUGCUGUGGCUCCAUGUGCUUUGAAACUGGCUUGCUGUAGGAGUGGU